GAAGUCUCGGGCAUUCACUUGGUGGGUGUGAAUGAUGUCAGUCAUAUGACAGUGCAAAUGGAAGACGAUAUGUUGUUUGGUGAGGCAGAAAAGAAUCCAUCAAAAGAACUGGACGGAGGUCAAUUCCAGACAACAAUACGAAUGCUGCAGGGAGUUCAUACCACUGGUGGCGGUGUCGGCACAAUGCAACCUAUGACCUUCCAGGUCACCGUAGACGACAACAAGACCUGUGACACUAUGCAGGUGUCAGAGAGCACGAAAGGCACGGGCGUCUCCUACUCCAGCCAACCCCAUCUCGCGACCUACACUUGUGCCUGUGGUCGAACCUAUGCAACCAGUGAUUUUGUGCCACAGCCGCUGCAGACCUCGACUGAAGAUCGCCAAUUUAGUGCCAGCAGGCUUACAAUCGCCAGUGCACAAUCAGCUGCACCCGCCCUGACCGGAUCCGAUAUUCUGCAGGCAUCACAAUUCAACUUCAGUAGUUAUGCAUCUAGUAUGUCGCAAACCUUCAACAAGGGAACCCACACAAAGCCUGAAAGUGAUGCUGUUGAUCGAAUUAGCCAAACCUAUGGCACAGGACCCAGCGAAUAUCCCACUGUGCAACCAACAACAGUGGACAUGUCAUACGCACCAGUCCCGUCUACUGCUGAGGUCUCUCGUGAGUACGCUUCGACUGUGAACUUCUCCACACAAGCCGGCUCCAUGCUCAUUCCCGCAGUUGUCGACAUGAAACGCAUCGACUUACAGGGUGCAGAGUUGACACUCAAAAAUGAAACCACUGUGGCCUCCCACGAAGUGAACAUUCCCGUGGCCUCCCUCCUCUGCGCCAACUCCUCACAGCUCCAGUCUCUCCUAACUACGGAUGGCGGUCUUCAGAUGAUGAACCCGGAUGAAGCCCAGGCGUAUGGCAUCCAAACAGACACCAAAGCCACCGUAAUCACAGCGAUUGGACAUCGCACACCUACAGACAGAGACAAUACAAUGGCUACGUCGAGGCGCAUCGCUCAGAUGAACAUACAGGCACCCCGGAGUUUGAAAGAGAACAUGGUAAUCACCAUGCCUGCAAUGGCUGUGCUCAAUGGCCAGAACGCAAUCAACACCGGCAUGGGGGCAGCAAUGUCCCUAGCAGGUGUCAGGACCUCAUCAGGGACUGAUGCUAUCAGCACUGAGCACCUUGUUGCUCUCCUUCGCAGCUCGACUUCCUCAAAACGCCUGCGCAUUGCCACUGGAAACAUAUCCCACUCAGAUAAACUCGGAGGAGGUCAAUUAAUCUCACAACGUUCGGUGAAGGAUCUGGCGGAAGAGAUCAACCGUGGUACUCAGUCGGCUGUAGGCAGCUUCGUUUCUCCCAGUGGUACUCAUGGAGCCACUGGCAGCCAGCACGCUCUGAGAUCGAUACAGGCUGUUGAGCAAUUCCCCGGUACUUCGAUUGCCCUUCGCUCUACCGUCACCUGUCCAGGCGCUUCCACAAAUCUA